CACAAGCAGAAGGCAACACUCCGGCGGGGGAGUUCGCCACAACUUUCCUGCCGGAUUUGGAAGCGAAGACUUGCUCCCCACCCCAUCCCACCCCACCCCUCCACGGAUGCCCGCCGAAGACACCUGUGGCCCCCAGCCGCCUCCUUCAAACAGGGGCCCCUCCGGUCGGUGACAACACGAUGGGACUCUGUGCUUCGCUCCUGCGGGUGUGACCGAGGGGCGUGCGUGUGUGUUACACACACAAGCGGAGCCCGUGUGUUGCUGGUUGAGGAGACGCAGGACGGAUUUGUAGAGUUUGCCAAGGGGUCCGAGACUUUUGGGGGACCGAGGGGAAGUGUGCAAGGCACGUUUUGACACCCCCCCCCCUGGCACCACCAUCAACCUCCCCUUUGCACACCAUGCUGUGGCACAUCUGCCUGCUGGUCCUGCCAAUCUCCGGUCUGCUGGCCCGAGUUUUGGAGACCCCGAGUAGCGUGACGGCGGUGUUUGGCAAAGACGUGGUCCUGCCCUGCGGUUACCAGGCCACGCAGGGCGAGACGGUGCUGCAGGUCACCUGGUUGAAGCGAGGGGACGGCGGGAAGAGCAAGGAGCUGGCGGUCCUGAAUGCGCAGCACGGGGUCCACAUCCAGGAGGCCUACGCCGGCCGGGUGCUGCGGCAGGGGCAGGGGUCCCUGGUGAACGGCUCCAUCCUGCUGAAGAACGCGGUGCAGGCCGACGAGGGCGCCUACGAAUGCCACCUCAUCACCUUCCCCCAGGGCAACUUCGAGUCCCACCUGGCCCUCAAGGUUCUAGUGCCCCCGUUGCCGAUUCUGAACCUCGGGCCUCCGCUGGAGGAAGGGCAAGGCCGCACGUUGGCCGCCUCCUGCACAGCCGAAGGGAACCCGGUCCCCACCGUCACCUGGGAGACGGAAAUCCGCGGCGUCUCCAACACCCAGGAAUCCUCGCAUUCCCGCUCAGCCUCGGUCACCAGCGAAUUCUACGUGGUCCCUGGGCGCAGCAUGAACGGCAAGCCCUUGACCUGCGUGGUUUCGCACCCGGGACUGCAGCACCUGAAGAGGAUCACUCACACCCUCAGUGUGGCCUACCUGUCGGAUGCCUCCAUCCUGGGUCACGAGGCAGAGGAGGACUGGACGGAAGGCCAGGAAGGGGCUUCUUUGAAGUGCCUGGGAGAUGGGAACCCACCCCCCACCUAUAACUGGUCUCGGCUCAAUGAGCCCCUUCCCAGGGGAGUGAGGAUCAAAGGGGACACCUUGCUCUUCCAGAGGCCCCUCAAGACCGGAGACCAAGGGAUUUACAUCUGCCGCGUCUCCAACAGCUUUGCAUCCAAGGAAGUGAGGGCUGCGGUGGGCAUCAAAGGACUCCCAGCGACACAGGUGGACGUGGUCUCCAUCUCCAUGAUCGGGGUGGGCAUCAUUUCGGUGGUCCUGCUCUGCCUUCUGAUCCUGGUGAUCAUCCUCAUGACUUGCUACCACAAGAGGAAAACCAAGCGCAUCACCAAGAAAUAUGAGGAAGAAUUGACUUUGACCCGGGAAAAUUCUAUCCGGCGCCUGCAUUCCAGCCACAGCACAGACACCCGGCAUCAGAUCGAAGAAAACCUUCCGUUGAGGUUGGAGAGCCGGCAAGGGAGUUUCCGCGGGGACAGCCUCUGCCGGGAAAGCCUGUGCCGGCAGGGCAGCUUCCGCACCGACAGCUUCCGGGAAACCAGUCUCUGCUCAGUGAUGGGGGAAGACGCUGAGGGACGGAGCUACUCCACCUUGUCAACCGUCCGGGAAAUUGAGACCCAGACCGAGCUUCCCCCGCCGCCCCCAACUCCUGUCCCCGAAGAUCAGACGGAGGAGAAUGAGAAGGAGAAAGAGAAAGACGAGGAGGAAGAGCGGAACGACGAAAACAACAUCAAGCAAGCAAUGACUCACUUUGUCCAAGAGAACGGCACCCUCCGAGCAAAGCCCACUUCCAACGGCAUCUACAUCAACGGACGGGGACACUUGGUCUGACGCUCGUCCCCGUCCCUGUCGGAUGCCCAGAUCCAAGCCAGUUCUGAACCCCCAUCCCUAACUGCUUACUGGUGCCUCUUUUGGGGGAGCGGGGCCAAAGAGCUCUUGAGACUCAGGCCCUCUCCUUCUGAGCCACAGGCUGUCCGCCUCGGGAUCUCCCGAAGCCCCCUUCCUUCCUCCCAAGACUUUGGCCAAUGUUAGAAGCCAACUUCUCCUCCAACCUGAAAGAGAACCUUAAGAUGCUCAUAAGCCAGUUCAGUUUCUUUCCCAACUGGCAUGUUGGGAAUUCAUUUGGGGGUCUUUUGGGGGGGGGGACAGGGAUGAUUUAGGGGGAUGGGCAAAACUUUGGAGAAGGAGGAAGCGAAGAUCUCUUCAAGUGACUCGGCUGGGCUCAGAGGGCCAAAAAAUCAUAGAAACUCUUGCAUCUUUUCUAGUAAUUAUUAUACUUUACUGAGAUCAUUGUUCAGAUGGCCCUUGGUCCAUCUCGGACAACGGUUCCCACAGGCCACCUGUGGCAGUUAAAAAAGAUGAGCUCUAUUUUAAUUAUUAUUUUUAUUUGUAUUAUUAAUAUGAACUGGGCAAGGAACCGUUUCCACUGUAAGCUUCAAGGACUUUCCAGAAAACGCUGAAGAAAGUAUCUGGAGACCCACGCACCCAAGCCAACAGAAGUCCUAUUUCCAAACCUUCUACUGAGUCAACGAUGUUGAAUAACGUGCUUCUGCUCGCCCCGAUGAAGUGCAUCAUGGGUCCAGUGGUUCUCCAACUCCCCAAAGCCAUUUAGAGCAGGGGUCUCCAAGCCUGUCAACUUUAAGACUUGUGGACUUCAACUCCCAGAAUUCUAAAAGUUGAAGUCCACAAGUCUUAAAGUUGACAAAGUUGGAGACCCCUGAUUUAGAGAGUCCAAUACAUGUCCAAGCAGUGUUGUUCCACCAUUGAGGACCAAGAAGGCUGGGCCAACCCAUUACCAUUGAACUUCAAGUCCUCCCCGCCCCAUGUCUUUAAUUUGUAUUUCUUAGCAUGCUGUAACUAUGAAUAUUUCUAAAGCUAACCAACAACUAUGGAAAUACUUAUGCGUAUAAGUGUGUGACCCUGAGGAUAGGUUUUGUGAGUGAGUCUGCAUUCUGAGCAGUGGCUUCUCAACCUUAGCAACAGGAAGAAGGGUGGACUUCAAUUCCCAGAAUUCCCCAGCCAAUAUGAGAGUUCACACAUCUUAAAGCGCGCUGGCUGGGGGAUUCUGGGAGUUGAAGUCCACACGUCUGAUAUCGAAUUUGAAGUCUGGCUUGGCAAAUUUGAGACUUGUGAACUGCGACUCCCAAAAUCCCCUCGCCAGCACGCUUUAGGAGGGGUAGACUUCGACUCCCAGAAUUCCCCAGCCAGCAUAAGUGGCUGGGGAAUUCUGGGAAUUGAAGUCCACCCGUUCUUAAGCUAAGGGUGAGAAACAGGGAUUUGGAGUUUUAGGGGAAUUGCAAAACCGCUCCAAGUUCUCUUUGGAUAAAGUUUCUUAAACAUUGACCUUUCUCCGAUAAGUAUAUUUUAAAGGCUUCUUGUGCCUACUAUACCUCAUUUUUUUCAUAUUUGCAAAGAGUUGCAACUGAGUUGAGUAACUGCCUCCUAUAGGAAACUUUCUGCCCCAAAGUGGAGGUGAAGUGACCCACAAUAUCUAGGGUGGGGGUGGAAAUCAAAAAUUUUAGCAACCAGUUCUCUGCCCGGUUGCUGAGUGGGCGUGGGCGUGGUGGGCGUGGCCUACUCAGUCUCCUGCACCAUGUGGUGGGGGAAACGUUUUCGCCCUCCCCAAGCUCCUGAGGCUUUUCUCGAGCCUCUGGGAGGGCGAAAAUGGUGCUCCAGUGGCCAGAAACUGACCCAUUUUCAGACUUCUGGAACUUCUGGGAGGCCCGUUUUUCGCCCUCCCAGAGCCUCCGCACGGGCCUUGCACUUACCUGGCAUCCAAAACGGGCCACGUGGAGACCCCUGGGAGGGGCAGGGUGGGCGGGGUCAGCCAGUCCUUGCAACUGGUUCGGUGAAGCAGAUGUAAAAUUAGCCUCCGGUUCGCCUGAACGGAUCCGAACUGGCUGAAUCCCACCCCUGGGUGGGGGGAGCGACAAAUUUGAUGCACCACAGCCCUGAAGGCAGGAUCAGAACUGGUAUCGUGGGUUUACGUAUCAGUUUUCGACCUUCUGGGUCCCAGACUCUCACAGUUUCGGUUUUUGAGCCAGGUUUUCCCUAAUCUGUACUUUCCCUGCUGUAAAAAGUUAGCACCCACCCCUCCUAGAAGAAUGAAAUAUUUUAGGAAAUAUUAAGAAGGCAGAAUAUUAUAUUUCCCCUAAAAGAGAAAUAGAAAUCUUAAGGGAGACAGAAACUCAGAGAUAUUUGGUGCCCAUUGAGCAGGACUGGGCCAGCCUAUCUACAAGACAAAAGACCUUCAACUCCAGGGUGAUGGGAUUAAGUCAUGACCAAAGGUGGGUUUCAGCAGGUUCUGACCAGCUCUGGAGAACCGGUAGUGGAAAUUUUGAGUAGUUCGGAGAACCGGUAGUAAAAAUGCUGACUGGCUUCGCCCGCAUCUAUUCUCUGCCUCCCGAGUCCCAGCUGAUCGGGAGGAAAUGGGGAUUUUCCAAUAUCCUUCCCCUGGAGUGGGGAGGGAAUGGAGAUUUUACAGUAUCCUUCCCCUGCCACGCCCACCAAGCCACACCCACAGAACCGGUAGUAAAAAAAAAAUUGAAACCCACCACUGCAGUGGGACUUUCUGCCUGGACCCUGGUUGGGUCAGUGGCGUAGGGCAUGAGAUAAUGUGAAGACUGACCGAUCUAGAUCUCAGAUUGGCUCAUUCAGACAUGCAGUUCCUGGAACUGCCACAACUGAGCUAACAAACACAAAUCCACCCGCUUCAAACCGGCUGCAAACUUAGCUUUGUCUGUGAGUACAGGCACAGUCCUCGACUUACGACCGCCCUUGAGCUCUCAACAUUUACGUUGCUAACUGAGAAACUUGUUAAGUGAGUUGCCUUGCCCCGUUUUAACAACCUUUCUCCCCCACGGUUGUUAAGUGAGCCGCUGCCUUUGUUAAGCCGGUCGUUAAACGAAUCUGGCUUCCGCAUUGACUCGGUUUGUCCGAUGGUUGCAAAAAGAGGAUCACGUGACUCCGGGACACUGUGGCCAUCAUAAAUGGGAGCCAGUUGCCAAACGUCCCAGUUUUGAUCAGGUGACCAGACGGAAGCUGCAGCGGUUGUAAGUAUGAAAAAUGGUCCCAGGUCAUUUUCUUCAUUGCCUUUAUAACUUGGAAAGGUCAGUAAAUGAACUGUUGAAAAGUCAGAGGCUACCUGUAAUAUGUUAAUGAAUCAAUAAGCUACAGAAGGGAACUUAAAUGGGGUGGGUUUAACACAACGUGCCGAACACAAUUAAGGUAACCACAAAAGGUACAUAUUGUGUACACACAGGUCUUUAACUGACCCCUUUCAGCAUCUUAGACAAAUCCAGAGGGCGAGCAGGAUGUUGAAAGAAAACUCUCCAAGGGUCAAUUUGCUAAGAAAUCUUGAUUUUCCUUGAAACACGAUAGAGAAUUUGUGGGGUCCGAAACUUCUAUUUUAAUUUUUUUUUUCCCCUCUCCCCUUCCUCUGAAUCUCACAACUAUCGCUACGGGACUCUUUGGAAGCGAAUUCAACAGACUCCAGACUUUUAGAAGCCUUUUAAAUAUGUAUUAAUAUUGUUAUUAGCUCUUUCUUUUUUUUCUUUUUCUUUUUUUUUAAGCGUGAGGAAAUGAGCAACUGACUUUCUACGAUCUGUAAAUGUCUUUGUACAUAGGGGAAAAAAAACAACGUGUGUAUGUCUCCCUGUAUGUGUGUGUUUGUGCACGCGUGUGUGUGUGUAAAAUACUCUGUAAGUGUGUAUAGAGCAGGACUUGGGGUAGGCCUUGUCAGGUGUAAUAUGCACUGCUGGUUUUGUAAAUAAAUUGCACUUUUGCCAUC